UCUCUCACACGAGCGGCUGCUCCGUUAGCCGUUAGCCGUUAGCUCAGCGUCGUUCACUGCGCGGCGCGCGCCUUUAAACAGCACCGGGGCUCUGCUGGUGCACAAGAGAGAGAAAGGAGGAGGAUCUGAGAUCAGGGUUUGCGUCUCAAAAUCAUCCUCGAUUCUCCCCGGACUAUCGGCGACUAAUGUCUGCAAUGGCGGACAAGGAAGCACCCGAUGUCCUCUCUUCAGCAGGAGCGUUUGACGAUGCGGUGGAGGAGAGGGUGAUAAACGAAGAGUACAAGAUCUGGAAGAAAAACACUCCCUUCCUGUACGACUUGGUCAUGACCCACGCCUUGGAGUGGCCCAGCCUCACGGCCCAGUGGCUGCCCGACGUCUUCAGGCCAGAGGGGAAGGAUUACAGUGUGCACCGACUGGUGUUGGGCACUCACACCUCCGAUGAGCAGAAUCACCUGGUCAUCGCCAGCGUUCAGUUGCCCAACGAUGACGCCCAGUUCGAAGCCUCGCACUAUGACAGCGAAAAAGGAGAGUUCGGAGGCUUCGGCUCAGUGAGUGGCAAGAUCGAGAUAGAAAUCAAGAUCAACCACGAAGGAGAGGUGAACCGUGCUCGCUACAUGCCCCAGAACCCCUGCAUCAUCGCCACCAAGACCCCCACCUCAGAAGUGCUGGUGUUUGACUACACCAAGCACCCCUCCAAGCCAGUCGACGCGUCUGGAGAGUGUCACCCUGACCUGCGUCUCAGAGGCCAUCAGAAAGAAGGCUACGGUCUCUCCUGGAAUCCAAAUCUGUCCGGCUCUCUCCUCAGUGCGUCAGAUGACCAUACAAUCUGUCUGUGGGACAUAAGUGCCGUGCCGAAGGAGGGGAAGAUCGUAGAGGCGAAGACGAUCUUCACCGGUCACACCGCCGUGGUGGAAGACGUCUCCUGGCACCUGCUGCACGAGUCCCUCUUUGGGUCCGUCGCCGACGACCAGAAGCUCAUGAUUUGGGACACUCGUUCGAACAACACCUCCAAACCCAGCCACGCGGUCGACGCCCACACGGCGGAGGUCAACUGUUUGUCCUUCAACCCGUACAGCGAGUUCAUCCUGGCAUCCGGCUCCGCGGACAAGACUGUGGCUCUCUGGGAUUUAAGAAACUUGAAACUGAAGCUGCAUUCCUUCGAGUCGCACAAGGAUGAGAUCUUCCAGGUUCAGUGGUCGCCUCAUAAUGAGACCAUACUGGCAUCCAGUGGAACAGACCGCCGCCUCAACGUCUGGGACCUCAGUAAAAUCGGAGAGGAGCAGUCACCAGAAGAUGCGGAGGACGGCCCCCCUGAGCUUCUGUUCAUCCACGGAGGCCACACCUCGAAGAUCUCUGACUUCUCCUGGAACCCCAACGAGCCCUGGGUCAUCUGCUCGGUGUCUGAAGACAACAUCAUGCAAGUCUGGCAAAUGGCUGAGAACAUCUACAACGAUGAGGACCCCGAGGGCUCGACGGACCCCGAGGCUACGGCGUAACUCUUUCCCCCGCUCAUCACAAUCGUCUCUACUUCCACGCAGCUACUUCUUCUCCUUCCUGCCUUUCUCCACGUCGCCGUGGUAACCCGUACGCUGUAAAUCACUGUAAAUACAAGACGGAGAACAAUCACGCGAGCCGUGUUUUUGAAUGCUCCCAGUGAAGAGCUCUCCUUCUCCUGUGGACUGAGUAACUUAUUGCCCUGAAGAAUCUCACUCGUGGGUUUUUCCCGCACUGCGUGUAAAAUAUAUAUAUUUUUGUAAUUGAAUUGGCUCUCCCUCGUCCCCGGACAUGUUUCAGCGAAUGCCUUUUUUAAAUAAUAACUUAAACGCUUUUUUAAAUGUAAUUUUUUAAACCUAAGAUGGCGAUCGUGAAUCCACAACAAGCGGUAGAUCACAAUGUUGUGCUUGUUGAAGAACGAAGAAAACAAAAAUCAUGCUUUUAAAGUAAGAAGCGGGGCCUCUUUCUGCCGAGGUGUGUGUGUGUGUGUGUGUGUGACUGAAAAGACGAUAAAUAAAUGAAGGAAAUAAAAGUUUUUAAAUGUCUAUUUGUGGCCGUCCUCGUGCUACAUUCAUCGUUCGUCGUGAGCUGUAGAUUAGCGGUUGGACGUUUUCCAUGUUCAACAUUUUGUAAUUGUACAGUGAGUUCUUAAUAAAAAAUGUGUUUCAUCGGCCGCCGGUUGAACGUUACUUAAUAAUCCUCAGUGAGAGUCGUCUGACGCUGAGCUCGGAUCUUUUUUUUAUGCAUCUGUGUGUGUGUGUGUGGUGACUCGUGGCCCCGCACACGGGCCCCUCUUCGUGCGGGGACAUUAACUCGUCAGUCGUACUUUUGGGACACAAAGCCUUUUUAUUCAUAACAAAAACCUUUCCGCCGGCUGCAGCGAUCGCUCUGAAAGACACAAGCAUGUGUGUAAAAUGCAGAUAUAAAUAUAUUGCAGAUGAAAAUUAUGGUUACAGAGUUUUAAAAAUCAAAAAUAUAUAUUUGUUUCAAUCAAGAGCAUUCAA